UUGGUGAAGAUUUCUCUUUUUCUUCUUCUUCCUCCUUUUUAUUUUAUUUUAUUUUAUUUUCCAAUGGAAUCCAUUGAGGGUCUUGUUAAGGAGAUCAAGGAAGAGAUUUUCUCACCGGUUGAUCUCUACUGCUUUGUGGUGCCUUCUGCUUAUGACACAGCCUGGAUGGCCAUGAUCCCACACCCUCAACAUCCUAACCGUCCAAUGUUCUACAAAUGUUUGGACUGGAUUCUCAGUAAUCAGAGGGAGGAAGGGUUUUGGGGAGAGCCAGGCCAGUCCAAUGCCCCCACCAUACAGUGUCUGUCUGCCACCCUGGCUUGCAUGGUUGCACUCAAGAGAUGGAAUGUGGGGUCCACCAACAUAGUGUUAGGAUUGCAAUUUAUUCAUGCAAACACAGAUAAGCUACUAAGAGAGGAAGAUGGUUGCUAUCCUCGUCAGUUUGCCAUUGUUUUCCCCGCCAUGAUUGAGCUUGCGCAAGCUGCAGCCUUAGAUAUAUUUCCUGAUGGCUUCGUGGAAGUGGUCGACGAUAUCUUCUGCGAGAGACAGAGAAUUCUUGAAAUGGUAAAAUGCACUGAUCAAGCUUAUUAUCCUCCACUAUCAUCAUAUAUGGAAGCAUUGCCUGAAACUUAUGUAAGUCCCGAGCACAUACUCGAACAUCAGAGCGAAGAUGGUUCCUUGUUUCAGUCACCUUCUGCCACUGCGCAUGCUUUUAUGGCUACAAGAGAUAAAAAUUGUAUGGUGUACUUGGAAUCUGUGGUCCAAAGGUGUAAGGAUGGAGUUCCACCAGUGUAUCCCAUCGAUGAAGAACUCAUAAAGCUUUGCAUGGUUGAUCGAUUGGAGAGAUUAGGUUUGGCGGAGUACUUUCAGGAGGAAAUUGAAGAGGUUUUGUGUGGCGUUUAUAGGAAUUGGAGAAAGCAAGAAUCAGAAGCAAUGAUAGAGUCCAUAGCCCCACAACAGAUAUUCAAGGACUCGUUAUCAUUUCGAAUGUUGCGAAUGAAUGGCUACCGUGUAUCCCCAAGGAGGUUUUGUUGGUUCUUGCAAAAUGAGGAUAUUAUAAAGCACAUCGAGGAAAACUACGAAUACUUCUCGACUGCGAUGUUAAAUGUUUACAAAGCAACAGAACUUAUGUUUCUAGGUGAAAAUGAACUCGAGGAUGCUAGAACAUUCUCAAGAAAGUUACUAGAGAGGGGAAUGGCCAUGAGAAAUGUAAAGAAUAGUGUUGCUACGUCCAAUAAUCAGGAAGAGAUUGAACAUGAACUAAUGCUUCCAUGGCUUGCUCGAUUGGAUCAUCUCGAGCACAGAGUGACCAUUGAAAGAACCGAAAAAAACUGUCUAUGGAUGGAAAAGGCCUCAUAUUAUAGGUUAUCAUUCCUAAACAACAGUUUGCUACUGCAACUAGCAAAGGACAACUACACACAACGUCAAUUGAUUUUCAUGAACGAACUGGAGGAGUUGACAAGGUGGUCAAAGGAAUCAGGUCUACGUGACAUAGGAUUUGGUCGAGAGAAGACCACCUACUGUUACUUAGCCAUUGCAGCCGUUGCGUACAGUCCUUCACUUUCUGAUCUACGGAUGGUGGCUGCUAAAAGUGCAAUCCUUGUUACAGUGAUUGAUGAUUUCUUUGAUAUGGAAGGUUCGAUGGAUGAGUUAAAUCAACUCACAGAAGCAAUCCGAAGAUGGGAUGUGGAGGGAUUAAGUGACCACAGCAAGAUCAUCUUUGAUGCACUUAACAAUCUCAUUAAUCAUAUCGCGGAAAAAUCGUUGGAUAAACAAGGGCGUGAUGUUACAGAUAAUCUUCGGGGAGUGUGGUACGAAACAUUUGUUUCAUGGCUAAAGGAAGCUGAAUGGAGCAGAAUGCUAAUUGCACCAUCCAUAGACGAGUAUAUCCAGACCGGCAUGAUCUCCAUUGCUGCACAUACUAUUACGCUUCCAGCAAUUUAUUUGAUAGGCCCAAGGUUAUCAAAAUGCCUGAUAAGGCCAUCGCACACUGAAAUUAUUACAAAACUUCUCAUGGUUAUAACACGUCUACUCAAUGACAUACAAAGCUACCAGAAGGAAGAAGCAGAUGGGAAGAUGAAUAUUGUACUGCUAUACAUGAAGGAGAAUCCAGGAGCACAUAUCAAAGACUCGAUUGCUGGUAUAAGAAAGAUUCUCGAUGUGAAGAAGAAAGAGUUGCUUGAACUUGUUCUAAUGGAUGACUCCAGCAACAUGCCCAAAGCAUGCAAACAACUCCAUUUAUCUUGCUUAAAAGUAUUUCAGAUGUUCUUCAACUCCAACAAUGGGUAUGACUCUCCCACUGAGAUGCAGGACUACAUCAACAAAGCAAUCUAUGACCCUUUAAUGGUCCAAGUUCAACACUCACUCCAGCAAGAAAUUAUCCAAGCUCACUACGGAUUAAGGAAGGAAAAUGCAAGUCUCAAACCUCAAAUUGCCAGAAGUUUUCAAGAUCAUUGUAGCAAAAUAUCGACCCUACGAAAAAUAACCCGCUUGAGUCCAGAAAAUUGGUGCAAAAUAUCUCAUGAUUAUACCUCGCCACGUCAUACAGGCAUCGUACCAUUUGAAGUCAGACAAUUGAACCUUGGUGGUCAAGUCCAUUUGAAAUUUCGAUUAAGAUCCUACCCUAGCAUAUUAACACCUCAUAGGGUGGCUAAACCUUUAUUUUGGUUAUAAGAAAUUGUGUAGUUUUAGGCUUGUUACAGUGGGAUUGUACUGUUGGGUGCUCUUGUAGUAUGGCAUUAGCUCUAUUUCAAAUAUCCUCUGGUAAUACUAAAGACUUCAAUCUUUUUAAUUACAGUGAGAGUUUAUAGUUUA